AUGUCAAAGAGGGCACAGCUUAUGGAGGUGCUGAAGAAGGAGGUGAGAGCAUUGCUGUUGGCUGCCAAAGAGGGCUUAACCCCAGCACAGCUGGAGAACGACUACAUGGCCAUGAUUGGCAAACCUCUCCCUCUACAUGACCUGGGCUUCCAGUCCACCUUGGAGCUGGUGGAAAAUAUGCCUGAUGUUGUCAGAGUCUGUCCUUACAAGAAAGGCACUUGUAUCCUCAAAGCUGUUGCAGAUGAGACUACCAAAGCCAUUGCUAAACUGGUUGCCAGACAGAGAAGUGCUAAAGCACGGAAGGGUGCUGGUGCAAAGGCUGCUCCUGCUUCUUCUACUUCUAAGAAUCCCCAGAGUUUCCCUCGGAGGGUCAAGACCCCUGUCCUGCCAGUAUCAGUGAAGGCUGAGCUGCAGGAUCUGCUGAGUUCCUCACCACUUCUGCUCGUGGACUUUGAUAAAGCCUUCUUCAGACGCUUUGGCCGGACGUUCCAGUACAAGCAGUAUGGAUUUUUCUCCAUGUUUGAAGUCCUUAGAAGCAUGUCUGAUACCAUUGUAAUUGAGCAGACAAGAUCAGGUUCCUUGCUGACCCUGAAGAAGUGCCUGGCAAGUGAGAUAGAGAAGGAUGAGAUGCCCCGAGGUGAGGCAUGGGAAGAGGUGCCUCAAGCAGCACCUGCAGCUGAGAUUCAGUUGAGCUGUGAGACAAAGAGCUUCCAUCUAACAGCAGGAGAGAGGUCAGAGCCAGUGGAAACACAAGCAGUAAAUUCAAGUGAUGACCUCAAACAACCUCAAGAUCUGCUAGCUAAGUUGAUCAUGACUCCAGAAAUCCCCCCGGAUGCUGUUCAGGACAGAAGCCUUUGCAGUUUACCACAACUGGAGAGAAGGUGCUUGGUGGGAGUCUAUGUGGAAUAUGUCAUCUCUCCCAGCCAGUUCUACAUCCACGUCUGCAGCAGGGAAACAUCUGAUAAACUGCAGGACAUGAUGAUUGAAAUGAGGCACUGUUACUCACAUAAACUUGUUUCUGAUCGUUACAUCAUGCCUGAGUCUUCAAUACAGCCUGGACAGCUUUGUUGUGUCACAGUCCUCAAGUGGUGGUACAGGGUUAUCAUCCACCGUGUGAUCAGUGACCAAGAAGUUGAAGUGUUCUACGCCGACUACGGAAACCUCGAAACUGUCCGAAAAUCUUCCCUGAGAUUCCUCAAGUGGUGCUACUUGAAGCUCCCUGCUCAGGCCAUCCCAUGUUCCUUGGCAUGGGUAAAACCUGUGGAGGGUACAUGGUCCAGCACAGCAACUCUCCUCUUCAAGAAGCUGUGUGGCUCCAAGCUGCUUGUGGGCAUUGUGGAUGAAUAUGUGGAUGGCAUUUUGCACCUCUUCCUGUGUGACACAUCCACAGAGAAGGAUGUUUACUUCCACAGUGUACUGAGGGAUGAGGAGUGUGCUGAGAUCUGCAGGGAGAAUGUUCCUUCCCAGGGAUUCAAGGAGUUGAAUCCUUCAGCCUUGUAUCUUCAGCCCAGUGGAAAGGAGGAGGAUGCUGACCUGGAUGAACCAGACCUUUCCUUGCAGCUGGAAUCUCUAGAUGUGGAUAAUGAAAUAGCAACAUUAAAGCUGGACAAGAAUGAUCUGUGUGACCAGCCAUGGCACCUGUCUGCUGAGGAGGAGACACAGGAUGAUGGGCUGCCACUUUUGGAAGAAGUGAGUGUCCCAGGAACAGCAGAUGAAGACCCAGCACUUGCACAGGAGGAUGCAAAUGAAGCUCCUAGAGAGCUUGUUGCAGUGGUUAAGACACCUCAUUCUCUUGAAGAGUCCUCAAUGCCUGCUGUCUUAGUCAAGUCAGUGGAAGACACUUGCUCCUCCUUUAUCUACUCCGAGCAACGAGCAGGAAUGAGCCAAGAUGACCCUGGUCAGAUAGAAAGAUUUUCCAACAAGGCCCAACUUGGUGAAGCUGUACAUCCCUCUAUUCUACUUAUGGCAGUGCCGUUUAUGCUGGACAACCAUAACAAUGAAGAGAAAAUGAAGGACAAAGACCUUCCUGGGAGUCCUGCAGUUGAGCUGAGCAGUGCUGGUGGGCUGUUGGACCAAGGGCCAUCUCAGAAACUUUAUGUCCCUCCCACCACACUUUCUACAGUGUUUGCAGCUGCACGUUUAGCCACGUCCAGUCACUACUUCCAGUGGCCCCUAAACCUGAGAAAGAAGGUGUGA